AUGAAAUUAGACUUCAGAAAAAGAUAUUUUAUAGACGAAGGAAUUACAUGUAAUGCUUUAGAAGAAGCAUUUGUGAGGUGCACAGAGGAAGAUGACGUCUACAAGCUAGCUCUUGUUUACUUUGCUGAGUUAGUGGUUUUGGGAAGGGACAAACAUUUGAACAUCAAUCUAAAUUACCUGACCCUUGUAGAGGACUUGGAUGCGUUCAACAGGUUUCCAUGGGGUUCGGUGUCGUUUGACAAAACCCAAGACAGUCUGUUUUCUGCACCAACAAAGUAUGUGAAAAGCUUUGAAAAUGAAGAGGGAAGAGGGAAGGGGAAAAGUAAGGUAACCGGAACAAGCCGGAGAAAUGAGAAGGGCAAGAAGGAUAACCAUGGUGAAGUGCAAAGGGGUGGUUGGAGUUUUAAAGGUUUCACGUAUGCUUUCCAGAUUUGGGUAUAUGAAUUAAUUCCUAGAAUGGCGGACCUGAAUUACUGCAAGGUUGUUGAUCCGACAGCUCUCCCGCGUAUUUUGCGAUGGAGAACUACUACGUCUGUUCCCGAGAUGAGAAAGUUGAACAAUUAUUUUUUCCAGAGCAAAGAGUCAGUUCAGUUGCGGGCGCUAUGUCCAAGUGAAGAGGAAAUGAGACAACCAUAUUGGAGUUGGCCACAGGGUCGCCCUGCUGUUGUCUCGGCAGAGUCAAUUCCUUCUUCAUGUGCUGACCUUGAUGAGUUGAACAAGGCGGUAAGCUUGUUGAGGUCCGAGUUGUUUCAAGUAAAGCGGGAAAAGGACGUCCUUGAGUUAAAGGUCAUACGGAUGGAAAAAAUUUUGGACCACUGUUUAGGUCCUCAUUUUGAGCAGGAAGUGAGAAGGGACAUAGCUUUACUGAAAGAGAGGACGAAUCGUUGUGUCGUGUCACAUCUAUUUAAGGGAUAUGAGGAAGUGGAUGGCAUGCAAUGGGAUGAAGGGCCAAGUAAUAGAAAUGAAGGAGAGGAAAAUGAAGAGGAGGACAUUGAAGGGGGUGAAGGGCCAAAUAACAGAAAUGAGGGAGAGGACAAGGAAGAGGAGGGGAUUGAAAGGGGUGAAGGGGCAAGUAAGACAAAUGAGGGAGAGGAAAAGGAAGAGGAGGGGAUUGAAGGGGGUGAAGUGCCAAGUAAGAGAAAUGAGGGAGAGGAAAAGGAAGAGGAGGGGAUUGAAGGAGGUGAAGUGCAAAGAAAACCAAGGGAGGUAGAGGAAGCUCAAAGGAAAAGAAGUGAGGGAGAGCAAGUGAAAAUAAAAAGCAGCAAAGGAGAGGAAGCGCAAAGAAAGAGCAUUGAGGGAGAGGAAGAACUGCAAAGAAAAAGCAGUGAGGGAGAGGAUCCGAAAAAAAAAAAAAGGAAGGGCAAGGAAGUGAAAAGACAGAGAAGUGAGGAAAAGGAAGUGCAAAGAAACCAAUGUGAGGAAGAGGAUGAUGAAGUUAUGUUGGUUGGCGAUGACAUUGGCGAGAGCACGGAGGGGACAAAGGUUGAGGUUACUCUCGGGGACAUUGAUUUGGAUCAACCUACAGCUGUGUUAUCUCAGUUGAACGUUUGGUUGAAUGAUGAAGGUCAAGGUGUGGAACGAGGGGUCCAAUUACGGAAGAGGAAGAGGAUUAUUCCUAUGUGGAAGAUCGUUGAAGCUAGUGAAGUGGUUAAAAAAAUUUGCCAAAGACAACCGGACUUCGGACGUUAG